AUGAAAGAGCCAUGGUCGAAACGACACAAGCAUGAAUUCAAAGGCACCAAGUUUAGCCUCUCCAAUUCCUUUGCUCAGCCAUUGUCGCAACCAGAACUGGUCGAAUUUAUUGUUCAACAGGAUGAUUCAUCGUCAUGCCACAAUGACUUGUUGGAAAUGUAUCAGAACCAUGACUUGGAAUAUGUUCCAAAUGGAGGAUCUCUUGAUCUGCGACAAGAUAUUGCCAAUGUGGUUUACAAUCAAGACAAGAAUGAGGAUCAAGAGCCGAUGACAGCCGACAAUGUAUUGGUCUUUCCUGGCGCCCAAGUCGCUCUUCAGACUGCCGCAUUGGCAUUUGCUAGAGAUUGCCAUUCCAUUGUCUUUACACCUGGAUAUCAGUCGACGGUAGAAUCUCCGGACUGGGCCAAGACCUCACAGGGUACCACUCAGAUUCCACGAUCACCCGAAAACAAUUGGCAAGUCGAUCCGGAAAAACUGAAGGAAGCCAUGCAACCCAACACCAAAUUUCUAAUUCUAAAUGAGCCACAUAAUCCUAGUGGAAUCAUCAUGAGCAGGGAGCUUCAGGCGCAAGUAAUUGAGAUCUGUCGAGAACACGAUAUUGUCAUUCUAUGUGACGAAGUCUAUCGAUUGUUGGAACACGACCAUGAUGAUACUGACGGGAGCAAGACUAUACAUACUACCUCAUCGUCGUCGUCGUCGUUGCGCAUCCCUUCCAUGGCCAAUGCCUACGAAAAGGGAAUAUCAGCGGUGACCAUGUCCAAACCAUGGGGAGGUUGUGGGAUCAGUAUUGGCUGGUUAGUCUGUCGGGAUCGAUCCAUGAUUCAAACAUUGGUCGAUGUCCAAUACUUUGGAACCGCCUGCGUCAGUCGGGUUAGUGAAAUCCAAGGACGAAUGGUAUUGGCGGCAUCGUCUGCCAUUUUGAAGGACCGCAUGACAACCAUUCGACACAACAAGGCAUUGUUGCAAGAAUUCAUUGAAGUCAAAUAUGCCAAAUGGUUCUCGUGGAAUCGACCGAAUGCUGGAGCCAUUGCCUUUGUCAAAUUUCUUGGGCCUUGGACAUCGAACCAGUUCGGAGACGAGUUGGCCAAGGCUGGCAUUUCCAUCAAGCCUGCUUAUUGCUUUGCGGAUACUAUUCCUCCCGAGAUUCAGCAGUACUUUCGUGUUGGAUUUGGCGAACGAAGAAUGCCACUGGCUCUAGAGGCUCUCGGUGAGUUCGUUGAGAAACACCAAGACUCAUGGGGCAGUUGA